GUACACAAAUCAACCAAAUAUUCAAUUCACCCUUCUUAGAGAGUCAGCCGAACAACCUCCGACGAUUCCAAACCUCCCAAUCUCGCCGGCCGACGAUCGGAGAUAUUCAAGUUCUUACCAGAUUCGAUUCGACAAUGAGGUUAGGCUUCUUGGUCGGCGUCUUCGGAGUCGUCAUCCUCGCCCACGCCGCUAUUUCGACGAUCCGAUAUCGGGGUCUGUUGAAGAUUAUGGAGGAAGAGUUUUAUGGGCCUCCGGCGAAUGUUAUGGUGGAAUUGCUUCUAGGGUUAGUUCUCUGUAUGUGGGCGGCUCUUACAGUGCCGGGGAAAUUCCUCUCAAUACAUCCCCAUUCUGAAGAAAAUAGGAUAGUUUCUCUACCAGCCAACCUUGACUUUAUGAUCUUCAACCAUCGUGGCAAAGUGUUUCCGGUGGCAACGGAUUUGAAGCUCAAACAUUGAAUUUUAUUCAAGGAAAAUCUUCUUGGGUUUAGGCCUGAAAGAAAAAUGAUUUCAUGCAGCAAGUUAUGAUGCUUACCCUCUUCUUCAAGAUGUUUUGGGUUAAGCUGUGUUUUUCCUUUAUGCUUCCAUGGAUUUUGUUUCUGAACUGGUAAACUAUGAGGAGGCUGCCUUCUGGAAUUUUAUAGAAUGAUAGAACAAUUAUACAUUAUUAUUUUAGCUGCAUUAUUAUGUUAU